ACUGUCAGAAGGCUGGCGACAGGAGCAGUGCAACCAGACCUCUAACUGGGCUCAGAGUUUUCCAGCUCAUGGCCUCUGCUUUCUCUUCGCCUGAGCUUUUUCAGCUUCUGUUUUGCCAGAUCUGUUUUUCUUUGGCGCAGCUAGGGAGAGGGCCAGCCUGAUUUGUGAGCCGCAAAGAGGAAAAAAGUGAGCUCUUUGGGGAUUUUUCAGAAGUGAAAACAUCUAGCAGUGCUUUAACAUGUCGCCGUGAAGUGCGCUGCCGUGGGACCGGCCGGCACUGAGGAGUAGGAGGAGGAACAGCCACCCAGCAGCUCUGCUUUCAGACCUCUGCAAUCUUUGCAUAUGACAAUUGCUUUUUAACUCCAGCCAGCCGGGGCAGGAUGAGCACCAGCAGCCUCUCCUGGGACCAAGCAGUCCUCCAGCCUCCUGCCUGCGAUGCCUGGAAGGAGCACAUGGAGGGAGCGGCCUACCAUCUGGCCAGCUGCAUCGUCCUCCUGGGCUACAUGGGUGGCAGCGGCAUCUUCGGGUCCCUCUACAUUUUCGGCCUCCUGGCCCCGGGCUACUUCUGCUACGCUCUGUGGGGCUGGCUGAGCGCCUGUGGGCUUGACAUCUUAGUCUGGAAUGCACUGCUCGUCCUCACCUGCGUGCUGCAGCUGGCCCACCUGGCUUACCGGCUCCGCAGAGACACCGUCCCCGAAGAGUUUGAGCUUCUCUACAAGGCCAUGUACCUGCCCUUGCAGGUGCCCCUGGAAGUCUACAGAGAAAUUGUGAAGUGCUGUGAAGAGCAAGUGCAGUCACUAGGCCGAGACCAGAACUACGCAGUAGAGGGCAAGACUCCCAUCGACCGGCUCUCCUUGCUGCUGUCCGGCAGGGUCCGUGUGAGCCAGGACGGGCAGUUCCUCCACUACAUCUUUCCAUACCAGUUCCUGGACUCUCCAGAAUGGGAGUCACUACGACCUUCCGAGGAAGGAACGUUCCAGGUCACACUGACAGCUGAAACUGACUGCAGCUACAUCACCUGGCCGAGGCGGCGGCUGUACCUCCUCCUGAGGAAGGACCGCUACAUUGCCCGCCUCUUCUCCUCCCACCUGGGCUAUGACAUCUCGGAGAAGCUCUACUCCCUCAAUGAGAAGCUCUUUGCCAAGUUUGGUCUCCGCUUUGACAUCCGCUUGCCCAGUCUCUACCAUGUCCUGGGGCCGGCCUCCUCAGAGGGGGAGCUGGAGGAGGCCGAGGAGCUGCCGUGCUCACCACAGCCUGACCACGGGCUGGACGGGGCCUCGGAACCCCCUCCACAGCCUCCACCACCACCACCAGCUGCUUCACGCCCUCGGUCCUCCCGGCCCGAGAGCGACCUGCUGGGUGAGGACUCCACCAGUCUUGUCUUGGAAGAUUUUGCUGAGUUACCAGGGUCAUUUAUGGACUAUGUGAGCGAAGGGGAGUAUAUGAAGUGAGGGUGCUCUCUGCACAGGCAUGCAUCACCCCAUGUGGCACCCCCACCCUCUGAGAACCUCCGGAGCCACCUUCCUGCUCCCUGCAAAGGACGAGCUCCACUGGCUCCCACGCAGACCCCCGAGCUCUAGGGAACAGCAGGCUGUUUGGAUCCCAAGCCCCCCUGAGGGGAGUGUGUACUCACACACCUUUCUGACCAGAUGGACACACUGUAGCACGCACCAAAAUGUCUGCCUGCAUGGACACGGACACUCAGGAGCACAUGAAGCACACGCGUGGGACUGCAGUGACCCUCCAGCACCUCCCACUCCACAAUGUUUGCUUCAACCUGCCAGCCCCAGGGUGAUUCCCUGGUUUGGUUUCUAGUCCUGCCUCUCCAGGGCAUGUCUGCAGCCCUGGUACCGUGGCACAGCGAUAUGGCUGCAAGCAGCAUGAGCUGCUCACGGGAUCUGUGUUCCCUUUGAUUUAAUGAUUCCCAUUAAAGACAGAGGAGAAGUUG